UUGAUAGAACAUCACAUCCACUAUUCAGCUGACCUCUCUUCGUCAACCUGUCGUCAACAAGCCGCCUUUGAACGAUUCAUCGGAUCUUCCAUCGAGGGAGAGAUUGUCGCAUCUGCUCAAGGCGUUACCAUCGCUGACUGCAUCUCUCUAUGCUUCCAAAAUCUCAACUGCAAAAGCAUCAACUAUGAUAGGUAA